AUGGACGAACUGUAUUCCUAUGAAUCCCCAUCAAUGGUGGCCUCUCCCAUGAUCAACUACCGUAAAGAUGCUCGUAAAGGUGUGAAAUUCACUUUUAUGGUGGUAGGAGAAAGUGGAACAGGUAAAACCACUUUCGUCAACAGUCUUCUCAGUAAGAAAGUGAUGGCUCACCGAUUUGAAAAUUCCAAUCUCGCUAUUGUCGAUACCAAUACCAUUUCUUUCACUUCAGCUAAGAACGUUACCUUACCAAAUACUUCCAUUCUUACUAGAAAUGACUUCGACCCAGCUAUUGCUCACGAAGAGCCAGGAAUCGCUAUAACCGAGACCAAAGUUGAGAUCAUCGAUGAUGCCAAUACCAAGCUCCAAUUAACCAUUGUUGAUACCCCAGGAUUUGGUGAUAACUUAAACAACGAGGUGUGUUUCAAUGAGAUUGAAAAUUACUUAAAACAACAAUUUGACCUUGUUCUCGCCGAAGAAACCCGAAUCAAAAGAAAUCCUAGAUUCGUUGAUACCAGAGUUCAUGUUAUGUUAUAUUUCAUAUCACCAGGAGGUCACGGAUUGAAAGAAUUGGAUAUCAGUUGUAUGAAAAAGUUAUCCAAGUAUGUUAAUAUCGUACCAGUAGUGGCUAAAGCUGAUGCCUUCACCGUUGAAGAAUUGGCUCAUUUCAAAUCUCAAAUCAAAAUUGACCUUGAAAAAUUUAAUGUUCCUAUUUUCCAAUUUGAUAAUUAUUUGAAUGAAUAUGAUGAAGAUGAAGAUUAUGAUUUGAUUCAAGAAUGUAAGUAUUUGGCACUGAUUCAACCAUUUUCAGUUAUUUCAUCAGAAGAUGAAUUUGAAGUGGUGGAAAAUGGUCGUACUAAAGUCAUAAAAGCCAGACAAUAUCCUUGGGGGAUCAUUGAUAUUAUGAAUAAAGAAUAUAGUGAUUUCCCUGUAUUAAAAUCAGUAUUGUUAGGAUCUCACCUUCAAGAUUUCAAAGAUUUAACCCAUGAUUUCCUUUAUGAAAGUUAUAGAACUGAUAGGUUAACCAAGGUUACUGGUAGUAAUUUAGGUGGUUCAGAUGCUAUUGAUGAUGGUACUACAGGAGGUGAUUUUAGUACCAGUAUUCCAUCAUUGAGUAAUUUGGCUCAAUUGACUUCAACUACUGCUUUACCUCUUGAUGAUGAUAAUGCUUCAUUUACUUCCACUACCUCAUCAAAGAAACCUAAAUCUAUGUUGUUGGAUGAUUCAGAUCUUCAAUCAUCACCUAGAAAAGAUAGUGCAUCAUUCACAUCAUCAACUUCCACGAUUUCUUUGGAUCAAUCCCCACGUAACUUGAAUACCAAUAAUCCAGCAUUUAAGAGAUUAUCAAUUGCUCCACAAAGAAAUCAAUUAAGACAAAUCAGUGAAACUGUUCCUUAUGUAAUCAGACAUGAAAGAAUUGCUGAAAGACAACAAAAAUUAGAAGAAAUGGAAAUGGCAAGUGCUAAAGAAUUAGCUCAUAGAGCUGCUAUGUUAGAAAAGAGAGCUGCUGAAUUGAAAGCUAGGGAAAAGGCAUUAAAAAAACAAAUGGAAUUACACAAAGAAGAAGCUGAUGAAAGUAAAAAGGAAGAAGCAGAUCAUUCAAUCAGGAAAGAAGAAACGUUGACGGAUUUACAUUCUAUAGUGAAGAGUCAAUAA